AUGUCAGUGUCAUUUUUAGCGCCGUCUUUGCGUUUCUCCGUAUUUGAUCCUACGAAAUUGAAGACCAUACAUUCGGCUCUUUUUAAUGUGGUGAGGCACAAGUGGAAUUUCACACACAUGGAGUUGCCCAGUCCGAAAUCCAGAAACUUCAGACGGGAAAUCGAAUGGCCUGAGAAGUACACCAUAAAACCGUUGAACAAUAAACACUUGGCGGGCCGGGAUCCUGCCACCGGCCGAGUCGUUGUCAAGGGCUUAGGUGGUGGUAUUAAACAGAAAUACCAUUGGGUUGAUUUAAAACGAUUUGGACCCACCGGUGAACAUGAUGCUCCCCGAAUUGACCGCGUCUUAGAGAUAAUGGACUGUGGCUGCCGAACAGCUAAAGUGGCAUUGGUUGGUUGUGGCACAAAUUUAAAAUAUAUUAUUGCAACUGUUAAUAUGAAACCUGGAGAUAUGUUGGUCACAUCUGGUUACAUUCCUCGUAUUCCAGUUAAUCCAAAUGAAGGAGAUGCGUAUCCACUCGGUGCAUUGUCUAAGGGAACUAAAGUACACUGCAUUGAAAAGGUGCCAGGUGAAGGUGCACAUUAUGUAAUGACAGCUGGAUCAACAGCUACUAUAUUGAGGCAAGUUGACGACAGAGUCAUUAUUCAAUUGCCAUCAAAAUUACAAGUAUCACUAUCUAAACAUUGUAUGGCAUCAAUUGGACAAAUAUCAAAUGCAAAUCACUUCAAGGAACACAUUGGCAGUCCAAACCGUAAUCGUGAAUUGGGUAAUCGCCCACGGUCUGGAUUGUGGCAAAGAAAAACUGGCCGUUUUGGUCGUAAAAUCAGACCACCACCACCAUUAAAAAUUAUAACUGAACUUGCUCCAAAAAAAAUGGAAAAGGUUACAUUAGAAUUAAGUGCUUUGUUUUGA